ACAAUCUGGCGCCGAAGAAGCCCCCUUUUUCAUCCAGAAUGGUUUCAUGCCGCAUUGGGGCGAUCUAGCUGCGGCGUGCGCACCGCCUUCUGCCCACUAUUCGUGUACACUGGACUUGUCAAGCCUUUCCCUGUCGUGGGGAUGAGGCUGAAAAACAGGUACCGUGACCGAGAGGCUAUAUAACCCGCUUAUCUUCUUCCACAACCAGACUGAUCGAAGCCAUCAAACCUAAUAAUUGUCGUAUCAUCACGCCAUGGAAAACAACAACAGACAGCACAAGUCACGCAAUCCAAUCAAGACCCUUUUCCGACGAAUAUCACACUCGCCCGCAAGAGCGGCACCAGCACAAACAACACGUCAAGCAAAGUCGGAUGCCAAUAUAUGGGAAGACAAACUCCUCUUGUCCUUAGAUGGAGGCGGCAUCAGAGGCCUAUCGAGCCUCUUCAUAUUGCGGGCCUUGAUGGAGAAAAUUGCGCAAAUUGAGCAGCAAAACCCUGAACCUGCUUACCACAGCUUCUAUCCAGCAUCUUACAAAGAUCCCAAAUCUGGGAGCGCUCAGUCUUCUAUCAAUGGAAGCACAGAAAAAGAGUCAAGGUUGAAUCAAGACGACAUCUCCAGCGCCACGUCGGAUUUGAAACGUCCGGAAUAUAUGUAUCUGCCAUGUCACUACUUCGACUUCAUGGCCGGCACAUCUACUGGCGGAUUGAUUGCGAUGAUGCUUGGAAGACUUCGCAUGACCGUAGGUCACUGCAUCGAAGAAUACAUCUCGCUCGGUGGCAAAGUUUUCGGAAAGCCAAGGAGGCUCAAUGCAAGGUCGAAUCCCUUCUCGAAUAGAGGCAAGUACGAUUGCGACAACGUCGAAAAAGUGGUCGAGAAAGUCACAGGACUUUACAAUCCUUCUAUUCAAACUGAGCUGUGGGAUAAGGUCCCCCUCAAAUCCCCAGAAAAACUCUGCAAGACGAUGGUGGUCGCCACGAACGAGGAUGGGAGGAAACCCUACAUUUUUCGCUCGUAUGACAUCGGAAACCCCCCUAAGUCGAAGCGCCACCACAAUCCUGGUCCCGCUCAUGAGUACUUCCUCAGUACCAUAGCCAAAGCCACCUCGGCUGCCCCGGGAUAUUUUGACCCAUUGCUGCUCCACGGCAUUACCUUUCUGGACGGUGGUCUGGUCGCGAACAAUCCCACCGUUGAAGCUUAUAAUGAAGUCAGCUGGCAGCAGGGGAACAAGGCCCCAGCACUCGUCCUAAGUAUAGGUACAGGGGAGAAAGAGAAGAGGACCUUGAAAACGCUGGAGAAACAUAUGAAGCACUGGAAGCAUUUUAUCUCAUACGAAAUCAAUUACCGAAUCGCGGAAUCUCAGUCAGCAGACGACGACAUGACAGAUGAGAGAGACGAUGGGAAGGUACAGUAUGAGAGGUUGACUGUCACUCUCGAUUUUGGUCUGGGUUGGAUGAAGCUUGAUGAGUGGAAAAGGAGACCGCAAGCAACGAAGCCCGUUGAUGCCUCGAGAGACACGCAAGGGCGAUAUAUGCGCCAGAGUGAAUACUUCCGCCAAAAGAAAUCCAAGCAUCACGAUACAGUCAGAUUCCUGGAGGCCAGAACAAAGCUGUACCUCAAUCAGCAGAGUGUUCAAAAACAGCUCGAGCGACUCGCCGGAUUUCUUGUCAAAAGGAGGAGACUCAGGAGCAAAACACCGCUAUGGAACCACUUCGCGACGGGUGACAAAUGGCGAUGUCCGAAGAAUGAUCAUUGUCCGGGAAGUCCCUUCGAUACCUGGGAGGGCUUGCUAGCACAUUUCGCGAAGAGCCACUCUCACAGUCGAAUCCCUGAUGCCAGAGACUGCGUACGUCGAUAUUGAUUCGGCAGUCUGGUCAUUUCAUCAGGGUCCUGCUCAGGUCUUUGGUAGUUUGUGGUUGUUGAUUGAAGGAAAAGUCUAUCUCAUUUCUCUAGUGGCGUAUCAAGGGU